AAGGGGUUUUAUUUUCCAGGAUUGUAUACAACCAAUUAGUAAUAGUAUAUUUGUUAUAUUUUAGGCUAAGUAACAAGAUGGCCAAAGGAACCGAUCAUGAGAUGAGGAAUCUUUCAUCUCCAGCCUCACAAUCCCUCAAUGAUGAAAGUACCAUAGGAAGUGAGGAACCCAGCAAAUGCUUGCUUGGAGUCUCUGAGAGUGAAGUUGAUUCAGCAACAUCACUUGCCUUAGAAAUGAAAUAUGCAUUGGAUCCCAAUCGGCAAAUCAAGAAAAGAAAUAAAGCCCUACAGGUGAGAUUCAAAGACAUCUGCGAGGCCCAGAAUGAACAAAGGGACAAACAGCUCUCUUUGUUACAGCAGCCUGACCAAAAGGAAGCAAAACCCAUCUCUUACAGAGCAACUUACAGAAAAUACAUGACAGUGCCUGCCCGAAGAUCAAUCCCGAAUGUUACUAAAAGUACAGGAGUUCAGACUUCGCCUGAACUUAAAAAGUGUUACCAGACCUUCCCUUUGGACCGGAAAAAGGGAAAUGUAAUCAAAAGCAUAGCUUCAGUGGACACUUUUCCAAGUCAAAACAACGGAUUCCUAAUUGAUGUUAAAGAGAAAGACAGCAAAAUCUCAGGAGAGGCUAUUCAGUGUAGCAAGAAAGUCACUGGAUUUGUGACAGCUGAAUUUAUUUCACAUACUAAUGAACGCAUGAAUGCAAUAGAGCCGCUUUCCAAGGACAACUGUUUGGAGACAUGUAUAAGCACUGAUUUGCACAGCUGUAGUAAAGAACCUCCUUCUCUACAGGACUCAGCAGCUUCAGUUUUAGAAGAGGCUGAUUAUCAGCUGCAUGACAAAGCAAAACACCACACUGGGCCAUUGAGGUAUGAGGAAGCUAAUCCAGCUAGCCAAGGAAAAGUGUUCAAGACAGAAGUAGCUUCUGUCUACUUGCCUGCAUCUGGUUCACACACCUCACUGGCUGACCAGCAACAUUUUGCAGCACCAGGGAAUGACUGGUCCCUGUGUCCAGCCGAUGAGGAGGACAGAAAAAGAACUCUGCAUCUUAAUGGUCUGCAGUCACAAGCUGUAAGUACAGCUCAGGCCUAUUCCACACAGGCACAGUGCCAGUCUACCCUAUGUAACGAACAGACCCUUCAGGUAAAUGUUUCACCUAUGGAAGGAAAACAGCCUUGUCAGACAGCAGUUGCUAUGAGUGAAGGAUGUCAACAAAUUGUGCCUCAUACUGAAGUGGUAGAUUUGAAAGCACAGCUACAGAUGAUGGAGAAUCUGAUCAGCUCAAGUCAGGAAACCAUAAAGGUCUUGUUGGGUGUUAUUCAGGAGUUGGAAAAGGGAGAAGCUCAUAGAGAAGGAUAUUGUUCCAAGGGGAAAAACUUUAUGUCGAAAUCGGACCUUGACUAUGUAAUGAAAGCUUCUUCUCAUUUGUUGAGACUUGACCCAUUAAAGCUUUCAUAUCGGACUGGUCAAGACACAUCCAAUUGUGACACGUGUAGGAACAGUGCGUGUAUAAUCUAUAGUGUGGAAUUAGAUUUUAAGCAGCAAGAAGACAAACUUCAGCCAGUUCUGAGAAAACUUCAUCCUAUUGAGGAAACUCAGGUUGCACCUUUGCCUUAUUCUCAGGAGAGUUACUCCUCAACUCCCAAGCAAAAAUCCAAAACUGAAUCAAAAAAGCAUGGAAGAUGGAAACUCUGGUUUCUUUAACUAAAUCCGUAUUAUAUGGAAUUUUAAGGUCGCCUUCAUA